AUGCCCGACUUCUUCCGACACCAAAAGAUAAAUAUUGCGCGUGCUGCCAAAGUUCAAGCCACUGCGCCCGGUGUCGCUGGUCUCGAAGGUGCUGGAAUAAAUGCCUCCCCAAAGUCGGAAACCAUCCCGACCGGCUUCGCGGGGCGUGCGCAU